AUUCUGCUGCCUGACCACAUGCAUUAUUUUUGAACUGGCCCCAGGGUCCUGUCUUCAGCCCUGCCUCUUAACUCUUUUCUUGGAUUCAACCUAGGUAUAGUUUUCAUUCUCUCAUCCAGCUCUUCAGCCGCAUCGGAACAUUCCCACCACCAUUACUCCUUUGGAAACUGGUUGCCUGUUUCCCUCCAGGGGCACAUGAUGUCUUUGCCUUUUUAUCAGAGGUCCCACCAGCACUAUGAUCUCAGCUACCGCAACAGGGACCUCCGCACCACCAUGAGCCAGUACCAGCGGGAGAAGAAACGUUCUGCCAUCUACACCCAUGGCUCCACGGCCUACAGCAGCCGCUCCUCUGCGGCACACCGCCAGGAGUCGGAGGCCUUUAGUCAGGCGGCCACCUCCUCCUCCCAGCAGCAGACCUCUCAGGCCUACAGUCUCGGGACCACACAGCACUCCCUCGGGUCUGAAGUCAGCCAGAAGGCAGUCUCAGCCCAUGAUUACGGUUACUCCCACGGACUUACAGAUUCCAGUCUGCUGUUAGAAGAUUAUUCAUCCAAGUUGAGUCCCAAAACAAAGAGAGCCAAGAAGAGCCUUUUGUCUGGAGAGGAGAAAGAAAAUCUGCCAAGCGACUACAUGGUGCCUAUUUUCUCAGGACGUCAAGUGCAUGUGAGUGGAAUUACAGAUACAGAAGAAGAAAGAAUUAAAGAAGCUGCUGCUUAUAUAGCCCAGAGGAAUAUUCUUGCUAGUGAGACAUCUAAACAGUCCACAGCAUCCAAACAGUCCAUGUCAUCCAAACAGUCCACGGCAUCCAAACGGUCCACAUCCAGUCUCCAACAGGAGGAAACCUUUGAAAAGAAGUCAAGGAAAGUUGCAAUUCGAGAAAAGGCAGAACAACUGUCGCUGAAAAAAACAUUAGAAGAAACCGAGGCAUAUCAUGCAAAGUUGAAUGAAGAUCAUCUUCUCCACGCCCCUGAAUUUAUUAUUAAACCUCGCUCCCACACGAUUUGGGAGAAAGAGAAUGCAAAGUUACACUGCUCCAUAGCAGGCUGGCCGGAACCUCGCGUCACAUGGUAUAAAAACCAGGUGCCAAUAAAUGUUCAUGCAAAUCCUGGAAAGUAUAUUAUUGAAAGUCGCUAUGGAAUGCACACUCUGGAGAUUAAUGCAUGUGAUUUUGAAGAUACAGCUCAGUACCGGGUCUCAGCAAUGAAUGUUAAAGGAGAGCUUUCGGCAUAUGCUUCCAUCGUGGUAAAAAGAUAUAAGGGAGAGUUUGAUGAGACUCGCUUCCAUGCUGGAGCUUCCACCUUGCCCCUCAGCUUUGCUGUGACCCCUUAUGGUUAUGCAUCCAAGUUUGAGAUCCACUUUGAUGAAAAGUUUGAUGUGUCUUUUGGGAGAGAGGGAGAGACGAUGAGUCUAGGCUGCCGUGUAGUUAUCACUCCUGAAAUUAAACAUUUCCAGCCAGAGAUCCAGUGGUACAGAAAUGGAGCACCUGUUUCUCCAUCAAAAUGGGUGCAAACACAUUGGAGUGGAGAGCGGGCAACACUGACAUUUUCUCAUCUCAACAAAGAAGAUGAAGGCCUCUAUACGAUCCGUGUACGAAUGGGAGAAUAUUAUGAGCAAUAUAGCGCUUAUGUCUUUGUUCGAGAUGCUGAUGCGGAGAUUGAAGGAGCCCCAGCCUCUCCCUUGGAUGUGGUGUGCUUGGAUGCCAACAAAGAUUAUAUCAUCAUCUCUUGGAAACAGCCAGCUGUAGAUGGAGGGAGUCCUAUUCUGGGAUAUUUUAUUGAUAAAUGUGAGGUGGGCACAGAUAAUUGGUCUCAAUGCAAUGACACACCUGUGAAGUUUGCUCGUUUUCCAGUCACUGGACUGAUAGAAGGUCGUUCCUAUAUAUUCCGAGUUCGAGCUGUGAAUAAAACUGGAAUAGGCCUGCCAUCUCGAGUUUCUGAGCCCGUGGCUGCUCUGGAUCCAGCUGAGAAAGCUAGACUUAAAAGUCGCCCUUCAGCACCCUGGACUGGACAGAUCAUUGUCACCGAAGAGGAACCUACAGAGGGUAUUGUUCCUGGGCCCCCCACAGACCUCUCUGUCACUGAGGCCACCCGGAGCUAUGUGGUGCUGAGCUGGAAGCCCCCUGGCCAGCGUGGCCAUGAGGGAAUUAUGUACUUUGUGGAAAAGUGUGAGACAGGAACAGAAAACUGGCAGCGGGUCAACACCGAGCUCCCCGUAAAGUCUCCCCGCUUUGCUCUGUUCGACUUGGCUGAGGGGAAAUCCUACCGCUUCCGAGUCCGCUGUUCUAAUUCAGCAGGAGUUGGUGAGCCCUCGGAGGCAACAGAAGGGACCGUGGUGGGGGAUAAACUCGAUAUCCCCAAGGCCCCUAGCAAAAUCACCCCAAGCAGAGAUACAGAUACGUCAGUGGUCGUCACUUGGGAGGAGCCCAAAGAGGCUAAAGAGCUGGUCGGCUACUACAUAGAGGCAAGCGUGGCAGGCUCUGGCGAGUGGCAGCCCUGCAACAACAAUCCUGUGAAGGGCUCCCGAUUUACUUGUCAUGGAUUGAUGACUGGUCAGAGUUAUGUAUUCCGGGUCAGAGCAGUUAACGCAGCUGGACUUAGUGAAUAUUCCCAGAAUUCAGAAGCUAUUGAAGUCAAAGCUGCUAUUGCGACACCAUCUCCACCCUCUGAUAUCACCUGUCUUGAAAGUUUUCGUGACUCAAUGGUUCUUGGAUGGAAGCAACCAGAUAAUACUGGAGGAGCAGAAAUUACUGGCUAUUAUGUGAACUAUCGCGAAGUAAUUGGUGGGGUACCAGGAAAAUGGAGAGAAGCCAACAUCAAGGCUGUCAGUGACGCAGCAUACAAGAUUAGCAACUUGAAGGAAAACAUGGUGUAUCAGUUCCAGGUGGCAGCCAUGAACAUUGCUGGGUUGGGAGUGCCCUCUGCAGUAAGCAAGUGCUUCACCUGUGAAGAGUGGACCAUUGCCAUUCCAGGACCACCGCACAGUCUCAAGUACAGUGAGGUCAGGAAAAAUUCCCUGGUUCUCCAGUGGAAGCCCCCGCUUCACUCUGGGCGGACUCCAGUCACUGGUUACUUUGUGGACAUGAAGGAGGCAAAAGCCAAAGAUGACCAGUGGCGAGGACUCAAUGAGGCAGCUGUUAAAAGCAAAUACCUGAAGGUGCAAGGGCUGAAGGAGGGAGUCAGCUACGUCUUCCGCGUCCGAGCUAUAAACCAGGCAGGAGUCGGAAAGCCGUCUGACCUCGCUGGCCCUGUUGUAGCAGAAACCCGUCCAGGAACCAAAGAGGUUGUUGUAAACGUGGAUGAUGAUGGAGUCAUUUCAUUGAACUUUGAAUGUGAUCAAAUGACUCCAAAGUCUCAGUUCACCUGGUCCAAAGAUUAUGUGUCCACUGAGGACUCCCCACGAUUGGAAGUCGAAAGCAAGGGCAACAAGACGAAAAUGACCUUCAAAGACCUUGGACGGGAUGACUUGGGGAUUUACUCUUGCGAUGUAACAGACACUGAUGGAAUAGCAUCAAGCUACUUGAUAGACGAGGAAGAAUUGAAACGUUUACUUGCUCUCAGCCAGGAACACAAGUUCCCAACUGUCCCCAUUAAGUCAGAGUUGGCAGUUGAAAUUUUGGAGAAAGGACAAGUCCGGUUUUGGAUGCAGGCUGAGAAGCUGUCUGGCAAUGCCAAAGUCAACUACAUAUUUAAUGACAAAGAAAUUUUUGAAGGGCCGAAAUAUAAGAUGCAUAUUGACCGAAACACUGGCAUAAUUGAAAUGUUCAUGGAGAAGCUACAGGAUGAGGAUGAGGGAACAUAUACAUUCCAGAUUCAAGAUGGAAAAGCAACUGGCCAUUCUACUCUGGUUCUCAUUGGAGAUGUUUAUAAAAAGCUCCAGAAAGAAGCUGAAUUCCAGCGGCAGGAAUGGAUCAGGAAACAAGGUCCUCAUUUUGCCGAGUAUUUGAGCUGGGAAGUGACUGGUGAAUGUAAUGUACUAUUGAAAUGCAAGGUGGCAAAUAUUAAGAAGGAGACUCAUAUUGUGUGGUACAAAGACGAAAGGGAGAUAUCAGUGGAUGAAAAGCAUGAUUUUAAGGAUGGUAUAUGUACCCUGCUCAUAACAGAGUUUUCCAAGAAGGAUGCUGGGAUUUAUGAAGUUAUCCUGAAAGACGACAGAGGAAAAGAUAAGAGCAGAUUGAAGCUUGUGGAUGAAGCCUUUAAAGAACUGAUGACUGAAGUAUGCAAAACAAUUGCUCUGUCUGCUUCAGACCUGAAAAUCCAGAGCACCGCUGAGGGCAUCCGGCUGUACUCUUUUGUUACUUACUACCUGGAUGAUUUGAAAGUGAACUGGUCCCACAAUGGGACUGCUAUUAAGUACACAGACAGACUUAAGAGUGGGGUCACCGGGGAGCAGAUCUGGCUGCAAAUCAAUGAGCCCACACCGAAUGACAAAGGGAAAUACGUAAUGGAGCUCUUUGAUGGCAAAACUGGAUACCAGAAGACAGUGGAUCUCUCUGGACAAGCAUAUGAUGAAGCCUUUGCUGAAUUCCAGAGGUUAAAACAAGCUGCCAUUGCCGAGAAAAAUCGUGCCCGGGUACUGGGCGGCCUUCCCGACGUGGUCACCAUCCAGGAGGGCAAGGCCCUUAAUCUCACCUGCAACGUGUGGGGUGACCCCACUCCGGAGAUCUCUUGGCUGAAGAACGAGAAGGCCCUGGUCGCCGAUGAGCACUGCGUCCUCAAGUUCGAGUCCGGCAAGACUGCCUACUUCACCAUCAACGGCGUGAGCACUAACGACUCGGGCAAGUAUGGGCUGGUUGUGAAGAACAAGUAUGGUUCGGAGACAAGCGACUUCACUGUCAGCGUGUUCAUCCCCGAGGAGGAGGCCAGGAAGGCCAUCUUGGAGUCCCAGAAAGGCGGCCAGAAAUCCAAGUGACCGGCCCAGCAGGUCACAAGGGGAGCAAGGAGAGGCGGCCACUGUGCCCCUGUGCGUGAUCUCGAGUGGUCAAGGCAAGGGACAGGAGGCCUCUUUGCUGUCCUCUGUUUUGUGCUGGCUUGGGAGGGAAAUUGUCAGGUCUUUUAUUUAUAUAAAAAAGCACCAGUUAAUGACACUUCAAUAGUUUUUCUUUAUCUACAAAUUAUGUGUUAAGAAAAUAGCACUGGUGGCACAAAUAUUAGGAAAUGGUUUCAAGGAAAAGUGCAGAAUAAAGUUGGGGGGAGUCGAAGGAUGGGCGGGGAGCAGAAGAAUGUGUUGAGGAGCAGAGUGUGGAUUUGACGAGGCAUUUCCCAGUUGGUUCUCCUGGAUCGGUUAUACUUCAGCUUCCUGACAAAGCCAGGCAAGCUGCUUGUUAGCCGCAGGUCUGUUUCGCGUGCUGUAAUGAGUGCUGUGCAUUGCGGUUGUCAGUCUGUGAUUUGGAACCUGCUCGGUGUGAAUAAACGGUUCUCACACCCUUCCUCUUC